AUGACUACACUACCGCGUAAGCUAAACGACCUUACGAGAGCGGAGCUCAUUCAAAAAGUUCUAGAGUCCGAAGCGGCGUUGAACGAGUUUCAAGAGUCGAGCAGAGAGUUGGAAAAGGCACUAGAGGACGAGCUUCAAGAUCUAGACGAACAAAACUCAAGCAUCAGCAAAAUUCUACAACACACAAGGAGCGAGUUGACCACGGCUAGGCGGCAUAACCACGACCUCGGUAAGGAGUUGGACUCAUUGCAGGAUAUCCUUCGUGCCAAAGAUGAAGAGAUUUCCCUCUUGCGGCAGAAAAUUGUCAACAUUGAGAUAAGCAACGACUCGAUGGAGAGCCAAGACCGCAUCAUGAAUAGCAAAUACCAGCUACAGCGAAGCUUCAACAAUGAGCUACUUGAGAAGCUCGCCAUUCUUGAAGACGAAGUCGAGCGUUCACGCAGGUCAAACAGCGAAAAAGCACUAUACAUCACCAACUACCAAAACCAAAUCAGAGAGUUGAAUGCGAAAGUAGCAAACUUGGAGAAACGCAACCUUGACUUGCUCGCGUACGAUGGCGACACGCUGAUACUAAGCAUCGGGGAAAUGUUGAAAAGCACCCCGCCGCCAAACAAGAUCCGCGACUGUUCCACCAGCUAUUCGCUGCCACUGAUGAAAAAGUCCGACUCUUUACAGAAACUAAAGAGCUUGACGCGGGACAUCGAGUCGUUUCUUGGAGGCUACAACAUCAAGAACAACAAAAACGGCGGCAGUGACCAAGUUUCAAUUUUGAAAUCACCUUCUACAACGCAAUUGAGUGCUCGGGCCGACUCCACUGCCACCCGGAGAGAUCAAAGCAACAAAAGGUUGUCUUAUAGCAGAAGAAUCUCGGAUCUACCGUCCAUCGACGGCAGUCCUUCUUCAGCUCGACGAAUAAGGGAAUUGGGAUAG